UAUUUAACUGGAGUGUCAAAGAAUUAUAAAAACAGUUUUUUCCUCCACACGCUGGAGUUCAAGCUGGUCUGCACGGCGUGCUAGCCGUUACAAGUGGAUUAUAUAAACGCAUACACAAACCACGAAGGAAAUCUUUUGCUCUAACGCCAAGGCCGUGCAUUCACUGCAUUGCGCUGAAGUUGUAAAUUUUGUGAUUUAGGACCCGGGAACCAUGCGGAUCCAGCGGAGUCUAGUGUUUUGUGCCCUCGGCACGCUCUCCCUCCUCACACUUGUCGCCGGCAAGGCGUUGAUCGAUCAACAAACCGCCGAAUCGCAAGCGAGCAGCGUCACCGUCGCCCAGCAACGCAUCGGCUGGGAUCACGAUGCUCACCACGAAGUACAUGAAGUGCACGAUCAUCAUCAUGAGCACCAUGAGCACCAUCACGAUCCGGGCUUUUGGAAGAAGAAAGUCACUUGGAAGGAAG